UAAAAAGUUUAAAUAUUCCAAACGGCUAGCUACACACAUAAAAAACGAAAAAAAAUUUUCAUUAGAAAAAUCAAAAAAAUUCGAGUGAAAUCUUUUUGAUAUUUUAAUACAAAAAAAAAAAAUCGAGUAAUAAAAUAUUUCUUCUUAUUAGUGUUAAAGAAGCUUAUGUAACGUAAAAGAAAAGUGUAAAAUUUUGUUGUGCGAUUUUAAAAGGAAUAAGAAAAGGAGAGAAAAAGGUCGAAUUUGUGAUUUCAUUAAGAUAUAUUAAAGUACACGUUGUUAACGAUUUUGUUGGUUUACGGAAUUUCCUUUCGAUAGUUUCAUUUUCAACCGACACAUUGGCAGGCAAUAAUAUUAUCGUGCUGUGGCUGCAAGACAUGUUCGAUGUAAUACUAAAGUGCUUCACAAAAUUACCCAGUUGGCAUUCUAUCGGUCUGGUGAUAGUGGCCUACGUUAUUUACUAUUUCAUACAAGUGGUUAAGCGCCCGAUAUUGGCCUGUUCCGAUGGAGCAUUCAAACAGUUUCUCUAUAGCAAUAUUCCAACAUUGGAAAUGAAAUAUUGGCCGACUUUUUGGUGUUUCGAGAGCCGUGCUCAAACUGUCUUCGCUAGUAUAAUACGCAGUAAAAAUAUACCGAAUGUAAAAUAUCGCAGAGAAAUUUUAACUCUAUCUGAUGGCGGCGAGGUGGCGUUGGAUUGGAUGGAGGAAAAUUGUGACGGGGAAUCGCCUUGCAUUAUUAUAUUGCCCGGUUUAACGGGUGAAUCGCAGGCUGAAUAUAUCAAAUGUUUAGUCUAUGCGGCGAAUAAUGUCGGCUUAAGAGUAGUAGUUUUUAACAAUCGUGGUCUGGGUGGCCUUAUCUUAAAGACGCCACGCCUUUAUUGUGCCUCAAAUUGUGAAGACCUCUCCGAAGUGGUUCGACAUGUCAGCGACAUUGUGCCGAGAAAAAAAUUGGGUGCUGCCGGUAUAUCAAUGGGUGGUUUAAUAUUGGGUAACUAUUUAGCUCGCAAGAAGGACGAAGCCAGAGAUCAUUUAGCCGCUGCCAAAAUUAUAUCUGUGCCUUGGGAUGUCCAUAAAGGAACCGCCAGUAUUGAGAAACCAAUACUUAACAAUCUCUUGGGUCGUCAUUUAGCUAAUAGCCUUUGCAAAACCUUAAGCAGAUGUGAUAUUUUCAAGGACACGGACGUUGACAUGGAGAGAAUUAAAAUGUGCAAAACGAUUAAGGAAUUUGAUGCGCUUUUCACCUCCAAACAGUUCGGUUAUGCUCACGUUGAUGAUUAUUACUCUGAUGCCACGUUGCAUAAUAAAUUGGAUAACAUCUGCGUACCGUUGUUAUGCUUAAGUGCGGCUGAUGAUCCCUUUCAGCCAUUAGAUGCCAUACCAAUAAAAGCAGCCGAACGAAGUACACAUGUAGCCAUAGUAGUAACGGCUCGCGGCGGUCAUAUUGGUUUCUUAGAAGGCUGGUGGCCAUCAUCGAAAGAGCAAUAUAUGGGUCGUUUAUUUGCUGAAUACUUUACAAAUGCCUUAUUGGAGAAAACUGAAGAAUUCCAGAAAAUCACACAAGAUCUGUAUGCAGCAUUUGUCAAUAAACACCAUUUGCCGUCCAGCUCCAAGCAACAGACGGAAUUUUCAUUUUAAUUAAAGGUUUCCGUUAAAAAAAGAAUAAAUUUCAAUAAACAACGAAGUGGAACAAUGAGCAUAGUUUAGCUGAAAUUAAUAGAUAAAUAUUUGUAUUAAAUUAAAAGUUAAAAAUCAAAAAAAAAAAAAAAA